CCAGCUCUCCACGCGCGACGGCAGCAUCGCACGGUCAGGCUCAGACCGCACCCGCGUCCCCGAUCUGGUUGAAUCCAACGAGCAGGAGCAGCAGCGGCGGCGGCGAAGAUGGGCGGCGACCAUGGCGGCGGAGGCGGCGACUUCCGGCAGAAGGUGUGGAGCAUGACAGGCGGGCCCUACUGCCGGCCCGUGCACUGGCGUCGCAACACCGCCAUCGCCAUGUUCGGCAUCUUCCUCGUCUGCAUCCCCAUCGCCAUGAAGUCGGCCGAGCUCGAGCAACGCCCGCAUCACCCAGUUAGGCCAAUCCCGUCUCAACUCUGGUGCAAAAACUUUGGCAAGAAGGAGUACUGAAGGAUGUACCAACUUGCUCGGAGAAGUCGUGUUCUUACCUUCUUUUGUCAUAAUCAGUGCUCAGCGAUCAAUGCUGGAAGAAGUAUGCCACCAUGAGCAUAUGCUAGAUGCUUUAUGUAACUCUUCUUCUGACUUCUGUUAUCACACACAAGGAGUGCCUGUUUGGAAUUCAAAUAAACUCUGCAUAAGCCUCUAUGGAUUUGCUUUAGGGUCUAAUGCUCUGGAUAUAGACAUUAUCUGUUGUCCCUUUCGGUAUCUUGUUGUAUUUGAAGGUUGCUGGUUUCUUGCAUUCCUGAAUCAACCUGAUUCCUGAAGUUAUGCCUUGAUUCGUUCCA